AAACACGAGAGAGGAGUCCUCAAAGCAAGCUAGAAAAGACAAGCCCCACGCGAGAAGAAGAAGAGAACCAAAGAAAGAAGAGGAAGAAGAGAACAACAAGGUGUCUCUCUCUUGGACUGAUUCGCUUCAAUCGCAUCUACCCUCUCUCUAUAUAUCUCUCUUUCUCUCUCUCUAAAAAAAACAUACAUACACAGCAGAGCAACCCAACGUCCCAAGGCAAAGGCAAACAAAAGAAAAGUAGGUGAAAACAAAGUGAUAGAGAAGAGGAUGGUGGUAUCAAACAAUUCAUUUACUUCCAAUAUUCCUCCAAGCACUCUGUGAAAGGAGAAAAAAGAUUAACCCAAUUUUCUCUCUCUAACCGUCUCGGCAUCAUUCUUUUUCUCCCUUGUUGAAGAGUCCGCAGGCAUCUUCAUUUCUCUCAUGCUGUUUAUGUGUUUGCGUUAAUUAGCCCUUCAUUCGCGUCCCACCACAUUGCUCUCUCUAACAUUCUCUCUCCAUAACCUCUCCUUCAACUACCAUCUAUAUACAAAUCAUCCAUCUUUAUAUCUAUAUAUCCCAUAUUAGUUCAUAACAUAUCGUAUCAUCUAGACAUCUAUACCAAUGGCUGUUCAAGCUCAAUACCCAUCAAAUGUUCUCUUCCAAAACAGAAGCUUAGAGGAGGGAAAGAAUCUACUUGGAAAUGACUAUUCAUUGCAACCACAACCAGGAGGGGGAUUUCUUGAUCAAUCUCACAUAGUAUUCAACAAUGGAGGAACUAAUACGUCGCGAAAGAGAGGAAGAGAAUUUACUGGAACAACAACACAAUCUAUCAAUACAUUUUCAUUGCAAACUCAGCCACUACAGCUCAUAGACCUCACUCAGCUUCAUACCCAGCAACGAAAUGUAGUCUCAACAGGUCUCCAAUUAGCAUUCGAAGAACAACAGCAACAUCAUCAACACCGACCACAGACUCUCUCUCCUCAAUCUUCAUCAUCGGUUCUGCUAUCGCUAUUGUCAGAAGACUUGUCACCCGAAAUCAGACGACAGAGUGAUGAAAUCGAACAAUUUCUUCGAACCCAGGGAGAGGAGAUGAGGCGCUCGUUAGCGGAGAAGCGGCAGAGGCACUACCGUGCGCUGCUGGGCUCGGCGGAGGAAUCGGCUGCGAGGAGGCUGAGGGAGAAGGAGGUGGAGGUGGAGAAGGCGGCUCGGCGCAACGCAGAGCUGGAGGCUCGGGCGGCACAGCUGAGCGCGGAGGCACAGGUGUGGCAGGCGAAGGCUCGCGCGCAGGAGGCAGCGGCGGCUUCGCUGCAGGCGCGGCUGCAGCAUGCUAUAAUGAGCGGGAGGUGCGCACAGGAGGAAGGAGGAGGGGGAGUCGAAGGGCAGGCCGACGACGCCGAAUCGGCAUACAUUGACCCGGACCGAGUCGUGAUGACGAGUGGGCCGAGUUGCAAAGCGUGUCGGAAGCGAGUCGCCUCAGUGGUUCUGUUGCCGUGUCGGCACCUUUGCCUCUGUACAGAAUGUGAUGCUUCGGCUCAAGUUUGUCCACUCUGUCUAGCUUUCAGAAAUUCAAGUGUCGAAGUGUUUCUCUCUUAGAGCCCAAGCCCAAUCACAGGCCCAGUUUCGGUCCAAGACCGUGAAUGGAUCAAAGGGUAAAAUGGUAAUGGAAUUGAAAAAAAAAAAAAAAAGUGAGAUGGGUUGACUGGGUGAGGAGGAGGAAGACAAAUAAUAUUGAAAAUAAUAAAAAAAAUAUAUUUUAUCUCCUUAUGCUUUUCUUUUCUUUUUUUUCUUUUUUUGGUUUUUCUUUUUACCUACCCAAGACUACAAUUUUUGUGUUUUCUUUUCUUUUUCUUUUCUUGGGGGUGGAAGUACCUUAGAGGUAAUGUACAUGACUCUUUUUUUUUUUUUUUUUGAAAUUUAAUUCAUAUAUAAAUUCUUUUAUUUGAUCAUCA